UGUAAGACUUCUGUAUGCAUUGGAUAUUUUGCUGUCACGUCCGAGUUAAAUUAAGAUUUCAUAUGAAACCCAUGCACGUACACGUGCCUAAAUUUGCUACACUCCAAUAUUUGAGAUAUAGUGACAGUACAUGUACAGCUAGACGAUAGAGGGAGACUCCCGAGUUUGGAUCUGAAAUAUAGACAUAAAUUGUCAGUAUCUGAAGAAUCACAUCAUCAAAUCAGUUCAACAUGGGGAAAGGAAGGAACCUGUUCAACUGUGGUGAAAUCAAUAUUUUUGUAUACUUUGUUGUCGCCAUGUUUGGUGUUGGAUCCUGGGUAGCGGUGAAUGGAUUGUGGGUAGAACUACCGGUAAUGGUUCCCUACCUACCAGAGGGCUGGAAACUGCCAUCGUAUCUGACUGUGAUCAUCCAGCUAGCCAACGUUGGACCGAUUCUGGUGACAUUUGCUUAUACAUGUUCAAAAGAUUCCUUGAAUGAGAAGGCCAUCGUGUAUCUCAUCCUUACAGUUGGAGCAGUGGCUUGCCUUCUAUUAGCAUUUUUCUGGCGGGCUACUUCUUAUAUUGCAGGAGAGGAACACAGCACAGCUUUGUUAGUUUUACAAUUCUUCCUCGCCUGUGUGGACUGUACAUCCUCUGUAUUAUUUUUACCAUUCAUGUCACUGUUUCGAGUCGAGUAUAUGACAGGAUAUUUUAUCGGAGAAGGUCUAAGUGGAUUAAUUCCAAGUUUGGUUGCCCUUGGACAGGGAGUAGGCAAGAUGACAUGUCAAAACAUCUCAAUCGUAAACGAGACUACAAAUAUCUCUCACUAUGAAAUUCAACCAUUUUAUCAUGAACCUACAUUUCCAGUGGAGGAUUUCUUCUUUUUCCUAUUUGCAAUGAUGAUAAUGAGUGGAUCGGCCUUUACGCUACUGAAUUAUCUCCCUUACUGCAAGAAAGAACAUACAGUUGAAUAUGUGAUGGAGGACAACACGGAGUCCAGCAGCUUAGGUAGCAACAGUAAUAGUCAUUACGAACUCUCCAGUGAUCAGGGUACAUUUCAGGGUGAUUCGUACCAUGACCCAUCCACGGCAGGGCAUUCCAACUCGGAAUUAGUCCUGAGCAAUAAAAAGAGGCCCAGUCUUGCCAUAUGUACUGAUACCCAUUCUGUAUCUGCCAGAGAGUCGCUCAGUAAAAGGACAUAUAUUUAUUAUCUGAUUCUAAUCGCAUGGAUCAGCGCUAUUAGUAAUGGAGUGCUGCCCUCAAUCCAGACCUACUCAUGUCUACCUUACGGGAACAGUGCGUACCAUCUAGCAGUCACGUUAUCCAGUAUUUCCAAUCCCGUCGCUUGUUUUGUAGCCUUUUUACUCCCAGUGGCCACCACGAUUGUCAUAAAUGGCCUCACCUUGAUUGGAACAUGCCUGGCUGCGUUUAUUUUGGUGACGGCCGUCCAAAGCCCCACUCCUUUGCUGUAUGACAGUGAGGCUGGUCCAGCCGUAGUGAUUAUAGCCUGGGUCACAUUUACGGCACUUAUCUCAUAUUCCAAGGUUUCCAUAGCAACAUUCUUUAGGAAAGAAGGAAAGCAAGCUCUUCUGUGGUGUGGAGCCUUGACACAGGUGGGAUCCGUUAUUGGUGCUCUCCUCACUUAUUUAUUAGUUAAUGUGUGGACUAUUUUUGAAAGUGCUCCAGCAUGUCCUUGACCUUGAGACAGGAUAAUGUCUUAAAUAUAACAUAUCAAGCUACUAUGGUUACUAUGAUGUCAACUUCUUUAUGAUAAAUGUUCGUUUGUGCCUUUAUACAUAAAAAAUGUAUAUUACAUUAAAAUAUGAAAUUACGUAUCAUGUAAACAUUACAUUUAUGUAUGUAUUACAUCAUAUGUCAUGAAAUAAUGUAUGUAUUACAUAUAUGUACAUAAAUAUUGAUCAAGCAGAGGAUUUAAUGCAUAGCAGUUAUCUCCCUUCCUCUGUAAUUACAUCUAUGUAUAUACAUAUAUACAGUCAAACUUCGUUAACUUUAACUCGGAUAACUCAAAGACCCUGUUUAAAUCGAAGUAUUACUCCAGUCCCAGCCAAAAUUCUUAUUUUUCUUAGUAAUAAAAACUCGGAUAAGUCGAACUCGGAUAUUCCGAAAAACUUGUUAAUCCCGAAGUAAAAUGUUGGUCAUAUCUUGUUAUGAUUAUUAUUUUAAAUCAGAAAAGCGUGUUUCUGUUUAGGGAUUUUUUUAUUUAAAGAUAGAUAUACCAAUACGUCUACCUUGAAACUCGGUUAACUCGAAGACUCCGAUAACUGAAAGUUUUUUCACGAUCCCGAUGACUUCAAGUUAACGAGGUUUGACUGUACUUUUAUGGCUGGUGAACACUUUUUUAACAGAAUAAUUAAUAUUGAAGUAAAAAGGAUUUCACUGAACUCAAGGUUAAACCAAUAUUAUAUUAUUUUCAUCUCAGUUAAAUGUAAAGGUAUGAUUACUGUAAACUCAUUCAUUUUUUGGAGGAAGUUUAAGUUUCUUUUAUUUUGUUCAAAAUACUAGUCCUCAAGAAAUUCUUUAGCAACGAGUUAAUGUCCCCAUGAAAUAACAUUUUUAGAGAGAAAUAUGAAAUUGAACCCCAGAAAAAAUAUGAAUUUAUAUUAUGUAUUUUUUAUCUUAUAAAAAUUUGACCAUGUAAUAUUUCAUGUCUUGAUGCCAAAAAUCAAAAAACAUUUUCAUGAGAAACUACUGUUCUAGUUAUACUUUUUAAAACUUUUUUUGUCUCAUUAAUAAAUAUGUUAUGUAUGUAUUUGGGACCAGACUUAUACUUUGAUUUUAGAUUUUAGGAUUUCUUUCAAAGAGUGAUCUGGAUGUUGUUUUUGUGUAUGAGUGUGUUUGAAGUAUAUUUAACCAGAGAACAAUUUUUUUAUAUUUUUAUUAUAUUUAAACAGAGCAUGUAGCUGAAUUUAUUUGAUUCUCAAAUUUUAUCAAAAUGCAUUAUUAGCACACCUAGCUUUAAGGGCCAAGUGAGCUUAUGCUGUGGUGCAUUGUCUAUCGUCCAUUUGUCUGACAUCUGUUGUCCAUUGUCUAUUCAGUGUCAAAUUUUCCAUUUAAACAACUUUUUCUCAUUACUAAAGGGGCCUGGAGCCAUGAUAUUUGGCUGAUAAAAGCCUUUUGGAUGAGCCCCCACAAAGUUUCAAAAGGACUAGAAUCAAAGAAUUUGACUGGUUGAAUGUUAUGUUGAAGCCAGACAAAUUUUGUGAAAAAAUACAUUACCCUUGACUUAAUUCAAGGUCAAAGGGGUCAUAUGUAUUUGUUAAAAUCUUUAAAUGUUUAAUUUGACUGAAAGGCCAAGAAUCAUGAUAUUUGGCUGGCUUCUGAGAGCUGUAGAGCCCCACAAAGUUUAUGAAAAGAAAAUGACCAAAAUGCAUAUUCAAGGUCACAGGGGUCAAAUUUGUUUAAAUAUUCCAACAACUUCUUUUCACAAAUCAAAAGGCCUACAAUCAUAUGUGGUGAAUAAGUAGGCUCUUGGGAUAAAGCCCUACAAACUUUGCUAAAAGGAAUGACCUUGAAAGGCCUAGAAUCAAGUUAUUUUGAUUAAAUGAAAGGCAGAGAAUCAUCAUACAUGUCAAUGCCAGGUGAGCAAUGUCAGCCCAUUUGGCCUUUUGUAUACAGUAGAUUCUUGUUUGUUCAAACUGACCAUAAUCACAGAAUGAAGCGCCAAUAAUCACACAAACAUGUAUUGAAAUGUACAUUUGAUGCGAUGGACGCUGUAUGAGAUUAUCUGAAAUCCUUGUUAAAGAUGAGACAGGUUGCUUCAUUAGGUGCAGCAUUGUCAUGGUGUCCACCUAUGUAAAUUGCUUAAGGAGUGACAUGUACAGGGUUAUACGUUCAUAUUAAACAAUUUAGAUACAGAAUUCUUAUACAUUCUAAUACUGUUCAUAUAACUAGUAGUUUUAGACAUGAUUCCAAUGAUAUUUUUUUGAUUUUCGUCAAACUGAUUUUGAUUUGUUUUGAUGACCUGGUAUUGGUGAGAUAUAGGGAUGGAAAUUCACUAGUGAAAUACUAGCUCUUGACUACCAAUGUUCUGCUAUCAUUGGGGAUGGAUGUUUUGUCAAAGGACUAGCACUUGGCUGUACCAAAAAUCUGGUAUCGUCGGGAAUGGAGGUUUAUCAAAGGGCUAGCCCUUGACUACCAAUAUUGUGGUAUCGUUGGGGAUUGAGGUUUCUUCAGCUUCGCUGUACCAAAAAUCCGGUAUUGUCGGGGAUGGAGAUUUUAUCAAAGGGCUAGUCCCUGACUACCAAUAUUGUGGUAUCGUCGGGGAUGGAGAUUUAAUCAAAGGGCUAGUACUUGGCUGUGUCAAUAUUCUGGUAUUGUUAAUGUUGAGGAAGGAGGUUUUGUCAAAGGACUAGUGCUUGCAAUUGACUGUACCAAUAUUCUGGUAUUGUCGGAGAUGAAGGUUUUGUCAAAGGACUAGUGCUUGCAAUUGACUGUACCAAUAUUCUGGUCUUGUCGGAGAUGAAGGUUUUGUCAAAGAACUAGCAUUUGGCUGUACCAAUAACCUGGUAUCAUUGGUUAUGGAGAUUUUAUCAAAUGACUAGUAUUUGACUUUACAGAUGACCUGGCCCCUGUUUCAUCAACUUAAAGAAAUUCCUUACCUUUAACAGAUCUUAAAGCAUUACAGUAUUUAACGGGAAAAUCUUAGUUAUGGGACCUUAUCUAAAUUCUAUAAUGCUUUCAUUUGCUGAUAAAACUGGUCCUGGGUAUUGUUGGUGGAGCUUUUAAUUUACGAUUAAAGGGCUAUUUACUUGACGGUAUCAAUAUCAUGGUAAUUUUGAUCUGUUAUCAAAUCUGAUUGUUAAAAGUCAGCUUAUAACUGGAAUCUCUUUUUAUUAUUGUGAAGUAUUUUAUACAGGUAUUUGCUGAUUUCCAUUAGCUUUGUUUUAUUAUAAUGUACAAUUUUAUUCCGAAGUUUAUUGUUAUUUUACAUAGAUGUUUUUUCUGGUCAUGUUGAUAUUUUUUUAUGUGUUCUAGGAUGUAAGCCUAAUUACACUAAUAUUAUAAUCCAGCGGUUAGAGUGAAUGUGUACCCAUCUGUAGAUUUUCUAUCUUACUUCUUUCUGUGAUGUUUCUUAUAUUAGUCUCCAAAUGAUAUAUAUAUAUGACUUUAGCUGCGAUUAUGUAGCCUUGCCAAGAGUGUAUAUGUCAGAACGAAGACAGGAUAAGAUUAUUGGUACUAAUAUGACAUGCAAGUUAGCUUUGUAUGUACUACACUAUACACCCUGUGCAAAAUAAAAGAUAAGUUACUUUUUUGUUCUAUUUGACUUUGAAUAGUCCUUACUGUACACACUCUUCAUUUAGAAUUUGAAUCUUUUUGAUUGUGAAAAUUGCCCUAGCGCAUAUUAUUUUGAUAUCAAUUUUAUCUCGGAACUUCAAACGAAGGUAGAUUGAUCGCGGAAAUUUCCCCCGCGCGUAUUAUUUUGAUAUCAAUUUGCGUAGUCUCCAACUACAAACAAAGGUGGAUCGAUCGCGAAAAUUAUCACCACGAAUGUAAUUUACAUAUUGAAAUUGUGAAAUUAACCUCCCGCGAAAAUAACCACGUUUACAGUAUGACAUAUAAGAAAAUACGAGAGACACGUUAUAUACUAUUCAAACCAAUGAACAUAAAGCAGAUAUUAUGGAAGAGCGUGUCUGUAAUGGAAUCUGAACGUUACAACAAUCUCUGUCAUCCCUAACCAUCUGUCAUAAUAUUAAAACAAUAUGUUCAAACUCUAAGUGAAGGGUGUGUACUGUUGUAUAAUUAUAAGGUAUGCUGUGUCAUAUUAUAUUUAAUGUAAACAUUCCACUGUCAUACUGACGGGACCAUGCAUUAUAGCGUGUUAUUGGCUUUCAGUGCUCUUUUGUUUUUUGUGUUAAUUAUAUAUUUUUUGUACUGUUCAGUGUAUGGAUUCAGAGUACAAUUUAUUUUUAUUGACAAACUAGUCAUGAUAACAGUAACGUUUUGAUUUUCUGUCCUGCAGGUAGGGCGUAAGAAUUGUACCUGCUGUCCCCAUUGCAUGAUUUGUGAGAGGCGACUAAAUUUGUUUUUACCUGUAUUUGUGAACUAGUCAAAAUAACAACAACAUGAUGCUGUUGAUAUCUUUUAAAAAAAGAUCUAGGAUUGAAUAAAAUUAUAUACACAGUUUCACAUGUCGUACGGAUAGAUCAGUUUAAGUAAUUAUCCCCUCCUUUGCUUCAAUGGGAUCUGUCAAUCCAUGUGUCUGUGCAUCCAAUAUUUUAUGAGCUGCACUGGUAUACCUUGAGCACCGUUAAUGAUCAACUGCUCUCCACAAAAAUGUGCUCAUCAGGCAACCACAUUUGUAUUUUAUUUGUUAAGACUUCAAUUUUGAUGUUUCACACCUGAAGUACAGAUAAGUCAGCCUGAGUAUAAUUAUUCCCUCCUUUUGGGGGGUGUUACAAUCUGUCAAUCCAUGUAACUGUUAGUUCGAUAUUUUACUAGCUUCAUUUUGAAAACCGUUCAGUUGAUCUCUACAAAACUUUGUUAGCACAACAGGCAAGCGCCUAAACGCCGUACUUUUGUAUUUUAUUUGUUAAGAUUUCAUUUUGAUCUUUUGUCUGUUAACAUGUCACCUAUUCAUAAAAACUUAAGGACACUUUGACAUUAAAGUCCCAUUUGUCGAUUUUGCAAAUGGUGGUCUCUAUUUUAUUUGAAAGGUUCUACCAACUACAUGUCUAAUCAUUAUAUUGCCUAACCAUAUUGUUACGAUGCAUUGUAAUCAACUAAGAUUGACUAUAGAAAGCUGGAAAAAAUGGAUUUGAUUUUCAAAAUUCUCCAGUUUUGGGAACAAACGUAUGCACUGCAUGGGCAUCCCAUCAUUAAAUGUUACAGGAUACAUGUUAUUGGUAUCAAACAUCUUAUUGAAAUAUGUUGAAAAGAGACGGACAUUUUAUUAAUUUACAUAAAAGGUAGAAUUACAUUGAAAAGAACAAUGCUGAGUUUCCAAAGGCAUGUGGUUAACGGAAUUUCGUCGGAUAUCCAUGGUCGAUUAUGAUACACUAUGCUAAUUUAAUAACAUAUAUAUACAUGUAUAAGGAAGCGUGUAGUUGCAAUAGACCGUGGGUAUCUGACGAUGAACGAAUAUGUGAUGUUUGCAAUAUAUUUCACUUUUGUCGUGUAGGGUUUGCUGAGGAAGUGUUGACAGUAGUAAAACUUGAAAUAAUAAAACAGAAUAUA